AUGGUCCGCACCUCCGUUCUUCACGAUGCGCUGAACACCAUCAACAACGCCGAGAAGGCCGGCAAGCGCCAGGCCCUGAUCCGGCCCUCGUCCAAGGUCAUCGUCAAGUUCCUGCAGGUCAUGCAGCGCCACGGCUACAUUGGCGAGUUCGAGGAGGUCGACAACCACCGCAGCGGCAAGAUCGUUGUCCAGCUCAACGGACGCCUCAACAAGUGCGGUGUCAUCUCCCCCCGCUACAACAUCCACCUUGCCGAGCUCGAGAAGUGGGUUGUCAAGCUUCUCCCGGCCCGUCAGUUCGGCUACGUCAUGCUCACCACCUCGGCCGGUAUCAUGGACCACGAGGAGGCGCGUCGCAAGCACGUGUCCGGCAAGAUCAUUGGGUUUUUCUACUAA